AUGAAAACGCUUCAGAAUAAGUUAGAAUCGUUAGAAAAACGCGUUCAAGCAAAUAGCUCAAGUGAAAGCGUUCCUGGAAGGCGCAGAUUUGCUAAUAAACGAAAAGAUGGAAAGGUAAAGUGUUACUACUGUUCAGAGGAAGGGCACAUUCGUAGACAAUGUCCCAAAUUGAAGAAGGAAAACAGUGAUGAUAGUAAACGCUCUGAUAAGCCUACAGACGGCAGUGCGCGUCGAAUACACUGCAGGAAAAGGCGAAAACCCCGAAAAGUUUCUAAAGGGAAUAUAGGGGCAAACAGCUUAUGUGAAGAGGCAGACAAGCCCAGUUUAGAAGAGAGUAAGCAAAUAAUAACCAGUGCCAGCGACUCAAGACUUUGUCAGUUUGGCAAAGGCAAUUUCGCCGUAAAAGUAGGAAAAUCAAAGGAAAACGUGGAAGUAGUGGUAGCGGAUAUCACUGUCGAUGGAAUACUUGGACUUGAUUUCCUAAAAACAUGUAAUGGAGCCAUAGACUUCGAAACGAGUUCCCUUAAAUUGAAUAACGAAAACUGCCACUUCUCAUGGGAAGGAACAUUGAGCUGCUAUAGGGUGACGGCAAACAGCGACAUAUGCAUUCCUCCAAGAAGUAAAGUUGUAGUUAUGGCUAAGGUACCGGGAGAAAACACAUUUGGUUGCGCAGACUACUUGGUUGAGGCAGAGUCAAAGUUUCUUGAAAGUGGACGCGCACUGGUAGGUUGCACAUUAGUAAAGGGACACGACCUGGUGCCAGUAUGUCUCAUGAAUAUCACAGACAAUAUUCAACAAAUUCAUGAUUGUACUCUGAUUGCCAAAAUGACAGCGGUAGAAGAACAGAAAGCUCAUGUUGGUGAGGUGCCUAGACGCAUUCCCCUUCAUUUGUCUCAAGAGGUGGAUAAGCAAGUCAAUGAAAUGAUUGGAAAGGGCGUGAUUGAACCAUCUGUAAGCCCGUGGGCGUCACCUGUCGUCCUCGUUCAUAAGACGAAUGGGACAAUGCGCUUUUGCGUUGAAUAUUGUCGACUUAACGAAGUUACAGUGAAAGAUGCGUAUCCACUUCCGAAGAUAGAUGAAGCAUUUGAUCAUCUAUCAGGACACGCUGUGUUCUCAACACUUGAUCUCAGCAGUGGGUACUGGCAGGUUGACAUGGAAGAAGCCGACAAAGAGAAGACUGUGUUUGUUACACGCAAGGGGUUAUAUCAGUUCAAGGUCAUGCACUUUGGUUUGUGUAGCGCACCUGCAACCUUUGAACGUCUGAUGGAGACGGUGCUUGCGGGACUUCAGUGGAACAAGUACUUGGAUGGUAUUGCUGCUGAUCCUGAAAAGGUGAAAGCAGUUGCUGACUGGCCGGUUCCAAGAAAUGUAUCAGACAUUCGUUCUUUUAUCGGCAUUCGUAGCUAUUACAGGCGCUUCAUCCGAGACAUUGCCUUUAUAGCUAAAUCCCUGCAUCGACUCAAUGAAAAGGGAAGAAAGUUUCAGUGGACAAAAGAAACACAGGAGGCUUUUGAAACAUUGCGUGAUCGAUUGAUCAGCGCGCCAAUUCUAGCCUUAUCUGACGUAACCAAGCAGUUCAUACUUGAUACUGAUGCUAGUGGAACAUCAAUAGGCGCUGUUUUAUCUCAGAAAAUUGAUGACAAAGAACGUGUAAUAGCAUAUGCAAGCCAGACCUUGACAAAAGCUGAAAGGCGAUAUUGCGUCACAAUGAGAGAGGUGUUGGCUAUUGUUCAUUUCCUGAAACACUCCCGUCCCUGUCCUGUUAAAGCGUUCUACAUCCCAUCUGAUUUAGGGUGUUCGAACUUGAUGCUCUGUUUCUGGUUCUGUGAUAUGCAGAGGCAUGAAAGAACACGAUAUGGCGGAAGUACUGGACUUGUACCAGGUGAAAGUGAUUCAGAGCAGGAGUGGGAAACGCUGGAUCUGGGAAAUCUUUCUGACGUACUGGGCAACUCUAACUUACUGCAAGCAAUCCCUGUUAUUCCGGAGGUGACCAGGAGGAAGCCCACUAGACCACUUCCCGUGUAUGUUCCGAGGGCAAAGGCCAUCGUGGGUCCUGAUACCAUGGCUCCAACUGCACCUAGUCCAUUUGUCACUCCCAUGAUAUAUGUACGUGAGCGAGAAGCUAAUGAUGCAACUACUUUACCCAGCUCUUUGCGUGACUGUGCUACUCAGUCUGCUCAAGCUACCGUGGACGCAUCCACCCAGACUAUCCCAUUAACUAGAAUAGAGGCUGCAAUACAGACAGAGAGUACCAAGAAGAGACGCCUAGAUCGGAUUCAGAAGACAUAUCAAGUUGGUGGACAGUCAGUGAUUGAGAUUCACGAGGACGUGAAAGGUGAAAGGUAG